AAUGGUGUUGUUUCAGGUAUCCAACAAAAAAUCAGCUGCUAGAAAUGUCGCAGCUCAUUGUAAAGAUGUAUCCAUUCCUUAAGGACAAAUCUGUUGGAACUGGAUAUGACUCCUGGUUUGCCCAGCUUUAUGAGAAGUUCAGGAAUGAGCGGAAAUCCAUUACUGAUGACCCUGAAGUUAUCCUUCACAAGAGGAGAAAAACUAAGGGGUCUGAAGUACAACCUGUGGCACUGAAGUUGAGAAGGGGUGGAAUCAACUGGGAGCCACCAUUUCCAGAAGGGGAAGAUGAGCUGUCCAUGAAAAGACACAAGGAGUGGUUACAGAAUGAGUACAUGCGGAGAGAACCAGACUUGAAGAAAGUGGAAGACCGCAUGGCACUCACAUUCCCAGACAGAAGAAAACUGAUGAACAAAAAAGUACCACUUACUGAAGUGCGAGCAGAGUACCCGGCCUUAUUUAAUUUCAAGCAGAUCAUAGCAGAAUUUGAGUUGAUAUUGGGAGUGAAAACCAGCAUUUUAGACACCUUUCGAUCCAACUUCACUCAAGUUGCAGAGCAACUUAUUGAAAUGGCAAAGAUGAAAGAUAGGAAAAAAAAGAGUGGAAUGCAAGAGCAUUUAAAAUUCUUGAAGGAAGACUCAAAUGAUUACAAUGAUGAUGAUACAGAUAAUACUCCAGAUGAAAAAGCAGAGGUGGCCAUGGCAGUCCUUCCAUUUUUAUUAAAACCAGCUGCAAAAGAAGGACUAUCUCAGCAGCAGGACUUUGUUUACUUCAUUCCUGAUGAAGGCAUGACGGCAAAGCAAGUGGCUAGUGCCAAAGAAAAGCCAUUUCCCUUCAUAAUAGUUGAAGGAAAUAUUGACUCUCUUGCAGAGAUACACUUGGCUGCUGAAAACCAGCUUUUAUGUUCCUUUUCUGGCAGUCUUGUAGAGGCAGCAUGUGGCCUUCUGGCCAGCUAUUAUGUUUUUAUGUUCAAUUACCCUUCUGGGUUAAAGAACUUGUUUUUAUAUUUACAAAAAUGUAUUUUGAAUGUGCAGGAUGGACAGAAACUGCCAGGAUCUGUCAUCACAUUAGUAAAUGAAAUUGACAACACGUUAAAGAGUAAAGCUUGAUCUGACAGUGCAAUACUUGUACGAGGUUUUAUUUACCUUUAACCUCAAUAAUUUGUUGUACCUUCUAUUAUUUUGUUAAAUAAUACUUGAAUGAAUGAGAUCAGUUCUACUAUUAAUUGCAGGUGAUAUAAGUUUUUACUGUAUACAGUAUACAGUAUGUAUAGAAUAUAUGUUAUACAGUAAUGCAAAAAACUGUAUAACAUAUUUAGUAUUGAAAUGGGUACUGUUAGUUAUAUUGAUAACCUAAAAAUUUGGGUUAGAUAUUAUUUAAAAGCUGUAGGGUUAUUGUUUUCCUUUUUUGCUGCUAUACUGGCUAUGGGACUAAUAAACCCCAAUAUUGUUAGACAAAAAAGUUUCAGUUUUGGUUCAUUUUCAGUGAGACCAGAUAAUUUAGAUAGAAUUAGGUUAAAUGUCAAGGAGGAGGAAAAAUUAAUUGACUCGGUCCAACUAGGAGCAGUAAAACUUUCCUGUUACCGGUAAUUGCAGUUUUAUUUAUUAAACAAGUUAUCAAAGAUGUAAAUCUUGUGAGUGUUUUUUACCUUGAAUAUUGAGUAUAAUUUACUCAUGCAUUGAGUAAACUGUUAGUUUACUCAAAAUAACGAGUCACUGUGGAUUCAUUUUGCCUGAGCUCCUUUAAUCAGUAUCGUGAGUAAAGUUUACUCAUAUGCGAGUUAUUUUACUCACAAAUGAGUAACAUAUACUCACUACAUUGAAUGAAAUUUACUCACAUGUGAGUAGUUAUACUCAUGCCCUUGAGUAUGGUUUACUCAUCACUCCGGGUUCAGUUUACCCAAUAUAUGGAGUUACUGUGGAUUCAACGUUUUACUCAAUAUUUUGGGUUAAAGUUACUCGACUUUUUUU